ACUGGCCAAUGGCCUUAUCAAACGAGAAAAGAAAAACUGCCCCGAAUGGCUUUUGUGACAAUAGUCGAGAUUUCGAUGUUGAUUCCACAGGUGGGCAAAUUUAUUCAAUGUAAUCAAAAUCUACAAUGUAUUUUAAUAAGUUUACCAACGACUCUAGUGUACUCUGUGAUUAUGAUCAAAUUACUCACAUGUCAAUUUAACAGCAAGAAAAUUAAACAUCUCACUGAUCAAUUAUAUAUCGAUUGGAAACAUUUGAAAAGCCCGGAAGAACGCGAAAUUAUGAAAAUGUAUGCAGCGAGAGCAAGAUUGAUUUCUUUGAUUUACUCCUCGUAUUAUUUUAUAUGUUGUCCAAUGUUUAUAUUUAUUAGUCUUACACCGAAAAUCUUAGAUAUCGUUAUGCCCCUCAAUGAAUCUCGCCCUAUAUUAAUGCCUCACGAAGCUCAUUAUUUCGUUAACGAUGAUAGAGAAUACUUUUAUUAUAUUUUUUUCCACGCUUCAAUAUCUAUGAUAAUAAUUGUAAUGGCUUUACUUGCACACGAUUGCGUGAUCCUGACUUACAUCGAACAUGUUUGCGGUAUCUUUGCUGUAGCUGGAUUUCGAUUCGAAAAUUUGGCACAUAAUAUCGACAUAGAAAAUGAAAAUAUAGAUAAUAUAUAUACUCAAAGAAUAGCAUUAUCCGUUCAUACACAUUGGCGAGCAUUACAAUUCGCGGAGUUUCUUGAAAAUACCUUCUCUGUAACUUUAAUUACACAAAUGUUCAUAAUUAUCGUAGCAAUGAGUGUCACCUUAUUGCAAAUGGUAAUGCAAGUAGGAAAUUCUAUUGAAAUGGUGAGAUACGCGGCAUCUGUUAUUGGUCAAUUGAUUCAUAUAUUCUGCUUCAGUCUGCAAGGCCAGAAAUUAAUAGAUCACAGUUUACAAAUGCAGGAUAAGAUAUAUAAUUGCUCCUGGUACAAAAUACCAGUGAAAUCACAAAAAUUGAUUCUAAACGUGAUGGGAAGAAGUGUGCAACCGAAUAUUUUAAGCGCUGGCAGAAUUUAUAUUUUUUCGCUGAAAAGCUUCAUGACGGUUUUACAGUCUGCAGUGUCGUAUUUUACCGUACUCGCGUCUUUCCAGUAAUCGAUAUUCAAAUAGUAUUUCUGUAUAAACAUAAUAAUGU